UACAUAGAUAUUACUUCCAACCAAGGAACAUGGAGUAGUCCAGCUGGAAAUUUGCUCAGAUAUAGGUGCAUAUUUAAUAAUAUUUAAAAAUCAACAAUCAUAAAUAAAAGUGAGGAGCGAUCACAACUUGAAAAUGAUGAACGUUGCAUCCUUGUCGAACGAGGGGAUGGAGAAAGUGCAAGGAGUGUUGAAAAAGGCAUCAAUCAUUGAAACGGUAUUUUGGAUCAUCCUUGGACUUUUGGUUGGCACGCUGUUCCUAUUGUUCCAGACCAGCACCAGUGUCAACGUUUGUAUCGUCAUUGCAAUUACAAUUGUACUCGGACUAAUUUCCGGGAUCACUUUGUUCCUAGCAGUGGAAAAGGAUGCAAAUGUCCUCUUCAAAGUGUGGUUUGUGGCGUCAGUAUUACUUAUAAUUUGUUUCGUGGCAUGCAUCAUAUUGGUUGCGAUUACAUUAGACGAUUUUGAAGGGUGGAUAGAAAUUAUAAUUUGCAUUGUGCUCAUACCCAUCAAAUUGUAUUGUGUCAUGCUUGUGUGGAAAUAUUAUAAAUGGAAUAACAGAGCAAGAGGCUUGGGAGCCGUGGCGGCGGCGGUGGGGUUGGCGUGAUUUGGAUAAAUAUUCUGUAAUUUGUAUAACAUAUAUUUGCUCAUGAAUAAAUUUACACUUUAAUUAUUAUUAUUAUUAUUAUUGAA